AAUGCGUGUAACAGCAGGAACCGAGUCUGCUCCUGGAUCCCUUUAGACUCGGACUAUCGCUUUCUGUACCCGAAAAGCUGAUAAGAUUGCCUACUCAGACAAAACCAAUUUUUCAAUUUGCCCAUUUCACCAUUGGCAUUGCUUUGUGUUUUUGUUUUUUUUUCGCUUCAAUUGUGUGUAUAUUGGCUACAUUUGGCAACUCUUUUCAAUGGUGACGAAGUGUGGACUUUGAGUCAUUCAUGGCGUGCAUGAAGCUGGGAUCCAAAUCUGAAGUGUUUCACAUUGAUGGCCAAACCUGGCUUUGCUCUACAGGACUUCCCAGUGAUGUCAUUGUUGAAGUUGGAGAUACCUCAUUCCAUCUCCACAAGUUUCCAUUGUUGUCCAGAAGUGGAGUACUAGAAAAGCUUAUUGGAGAAUUUUCUGAUGAAGAUGAGAAGGAAUCGGUUCUACAACUUAAUGAUAUACCUGGUGGAGUCAAGACUUUUUUGCUUGUAGCCAAGUUCUGUUAUGGUGUAAGAAUUGAACUCACAGCAGUGAACACAGUCAGCCUUAGAUGUGCAGCUGAGUAUCUUCGAAUGACGGAGGACUAUGGAGAUGGAAAUCUCAUUAUGCAAACAGAAAAUCUUCUCAAUGAAAUCUUUGGCAACUGGACAGACUCGAUCAAAGCUCUUGAAACUUGUGAAGAGGUUCUACCACAUGCAGAAGAGCUUCAUAUUGUUUCAAGAUGCUUAAAUUCUUUGGCUAUGAAAGCUUGUGCAGAUCCCAGCCUGUUCAGUUGGCCUGUGUCUACAAGUAACAAUGUCCAGAGCCGAGAGGGCAUUGUGUUUUGGAAUGGAAUAUGCAUAUCAGCCAAAGCACAACCUGUAAGUGAGGAUUGGUGGUAUGAGGAUGUGUCAUUCCUCAGAUUACCUUUGUAUAAAAGGUUGAUUCUUGCAGUUCGUUCCAAUGGAUUGAAGCCGGAGAAGGUUGCUGGGGCCCUCAUGUACUAUGCAAACAGACAUCUCCCCUUGUUGGGGAGGCAAUCAAGUUUCAAGAAUGGAAACCGUGCUUCAAUUGGAUCAACUGUUUCUGUUCCAUCUGAGGCUGAUCAAAGAAAUCUCCUUGAAGAGAUAGUAGAGCUACUGCCAGACCAGAAGGGUGUCACGCAGACCAAGUUCCUGCUUAGGCUUCUGCGAACAUCUAUGAUUUUACAUGCCAGCCCAUCGUGUCGAGAGACUUUAGAGAAACGGAUUGGGGCGCAGUUGGAUCAAGCAGCUCUUGAAGAUCUUCUAAUACCAAAUAUGGGAUAUUCAGUGGAAACCCUGUAUGAUAUUGAUUGUGUUCAGAGGAUUCUUGAUCACUUCAUGCUGGUGGAUCGUGAUACACUUGAUCCAAGCUCAAAUUGUAUUGUGGAAGAUGUGCCGUUGAUGGGCAGUUCCCAUUCUCUGACCCCAAUGACGAUGGUGGCUAAUCUGAUAGAUGGAUAUCUAGCUGAGGUGGCACCUGAUGUCAACUUGAAAAUGCAGAAAUUUCAGUCACUUGCAGCGCUUAUCCCUGAUUAUGCCAGGCCAUUAGACGAUGGGAUCUAUCGUGCUAUCGAUAUAUAUCUCAAGGCACAUCCAUGGCUGACGGACUCUGAAAGGGAACAAAUAUGCAGGCUCAUGAACUGCCAGAAGCUCUCAUUGGAAGGCAGCACCCAUGCCGCCCAAAAUGAGAGACUGCCUCUUCGAGUUAUUGUCCAAGUUUUAUUCUUCGAACAACUACGGCUCCGAACAUCUAUUGCCGGUUGGUUUUUUGUCUCUGACAACCUUGACAACUCCCAAAAUACAAGUGGAAAUCUUGCACUCGCUAGAAGUGAAAUGCCUGCCCAAGCGAGAACCUCGCAAGAGCAAGUUGUAGCAGUUGAUGACAUGAGGGAACGAGUCUCCGAGCUUGAGAAAGAAUGCUCGACCAUAAAGCAAGAGAUUGAGAAGCUAGAUAAAACUAAGGGAGGUUGGAGUUUAUUCCCAAAAAAGCUUUUCAGAUCAAAAUCAAAGUCUUGUGUUUCAAAAGCUUCAAAACCCUGCAAUGGCAAAGCAUCGCCAGCAUCUGCAACACCUGUCAUGGAUGGGAGAGGAAAUGUUAAGGGUGAAUCAGGGGAUUGAAUUUGAAACUCUGAAGAAGAAAAUGUUUAUUGCUUUAAUAUUUUUGUUCUGAAAAGCUAGGUAGGUCUAACCUUUUCGCUUACCAUACAGUUUCAAUGGAAUUUAUGUAGACGGUAGAUCUUGAACACUUGCAUCCUCUGAUUAAUCUUUCAGCUUUCUAUUUCUCUUAGUGAGAUUAGCAGCUCUUG